ACGCAUCUAGGCUAAUUAGGUGGACCCCCACAACCUCGUGCUUUUAACUCUUGCAAGCUACAACUACAGAAUUACUUACUCUGCUUAUCGUGCUUGGUACCAUGGCUGCUGAUAAGAAACCAUUCGAGCGUCUUCCUACUGAUGUAGUGCCCACCAACUACAAACUGGAGCUGAGGCCAGACCUCAAACUGUUCAAGUUCACUGGCACACUCGACAUCACUAUGGAUGUAAAAAAAUCGACCAAUCGGAUUGUUCUGAACUCUGCUGAGAUUGAGAUUACUUCUGCAAAGUGUGGAGGUCAAGAUGUAACUGUGACGUAUGAUGUUGAAGCUGAGACUGUCACCCUCCAGUUGACCUCUGACCUUGCCGUGGGAGAGACGACAGUGAGCAUGGAGUACACUGGUAUCCUUAACGACCAGAUGAGAGGAUUCUAUCGCUCCAAGUACACUCAUCCCGACUUCCCUAAUGAGGAGAGAUACGCUGGAGUCACUCAGUUUGAGGCAGCUGAUGCUCGUCGGGCCCUCCCCUGCUGGGACGAACCGCUCAUCAAGGCCUCCUUUGAUGUCACCCUCAUUGUACCCAAGGACCUUGUGGCUCUGUCCAACAUGAACGAGACGAGCUGUGAGGAUGUGGAGGGCGGUCUAAAGAGAGUGAUGUUUGCCCGCACUCCCAUCAUGUCCACGUACCUCCUGGCAUUUAUCGUGGGAGAGUUUGACCAUGUAGAGGGGCGGGACUCCAAUGGCGUGCUGGUGAGGGUGUUCACGCCCACAGGCAAGAAGGAGAACGGACAGUACGCUCUUGAUGUUGCUGUGAAGACCCUCCCCUUCUACGCCACCUACUUUGACAUCAAGUACCCUCUGCCAAAGAUGGACCUCAUCGCCAUCCAGGACUUUGCAGCUGGUGCCAUGGAGAACUGGGGGCUCGUCACUUACAGGGAGCGGCUGCUGCUGGUUGAUCCUGUUAACUCAUCAGCCUUCACUAAACAGCUGGUGGCCCUCGUUGUGGGUCAUGAGAUCGCUCAUCAGUGGUUCGGCAACUUGGUGACCAUGGAGUGGUGGACCCAUCUCUGGCUUAACGAGGGUUUCGCCACUUGGAUUGAAUACCUGUGCGUUGACCACACCCACCCAGAGUUCGAGAUUUGGACCAACUUCCUCAGUCGAGAGUACGCCAGUGCUCUAAAUCUAGACGCCCUCGAUAACUCUCAUCCCAUUGAGAUUGAGGUGGGACCCCCCUCUGAGGUGGAGGAGAUCUUCGAUACAAUCUCUUACGCCAAGGGCUCCUGUAUCAUCCGCAUGCUCCACGACUGGAUCGGAACUGAGAAUUUCCGAACUGGUCUCGGAAGCUACUUGAAGAAAUUUGCGUACAAAAACGCGAAGACAGAGGACCUUUGGGCGUCUCUCGAGGAGGCCAGCAAGAAGCCAGUUGCCACGGUGAUGAACACCUGGACGAAGCAGAUGGGCUACCCUGUGCUGACAGUGGAGGGGAAGCAGGACGGCAACAACAGGAUCCUGACCAUCUCUCAGAAGAAGUUCUGUGCCAAUGGUGACAGCUCAGGUCAUGAGUCUGUGUUGUGGCAAGUACCAGUCACCAUAGCAACGAGCAAGAACCCGACAGCUGUCAAGUUUGUACUGGAGAGUCAGUCCACCACUGUGACAGUGGAGGGGGUGGGGCAGGACGACUGGAUACUGGUGAACCCAAGUCGUCAAGGUUUCUACCGUGUGUCAUACUCGGCCACUCUUCUCUCCCCCAUCCUCUCCAUUCUGGGGCAGCUGUCAGCACAGGACCGCCUCGGGCUACUCAAUGACACCUUCGCUCUUGCUCGUGCUGGAGUGGGCAGCACCGUGGACGUCUUGCGUCUGAUUGGCUCGUUUAUUAGCGAGACAUCGUACACGGUGUGGGAAAGCCUUGCCUCCAACAUUGGCAGCCUCGCUCGUCUCUUCUCCUCCACCGAUUGUUACGAGGAUUUCAAGAGAUUUGCUCUCAAACUAUUGACUCCAUCUUUUGCACGACUUGGCUGGGACAGUAAAGACACUGACAGUACUCUGGACACAAUGCUGCGGAGUCUUGUGAUUGGUCAGCUUGGUCGCUAUGGUGACCCGGACAUGAUAUCUGAGUCCAAGCGUAGAUUUAGCGACCAUGUCUCUGAGAAGGACGCCAUCCCUGCUGACAUUAAGAGUGCCGUGUUCUCAGCUGCUCUCAGUGGUGGGGAUGAAUCUAUCUUCGACCAUCUAGUGGCGCUCCACGACAAGGCUGACUCCAACGAGGAGAAGGUGAGGAUCUACAGCUCGCUAGGCAACGGGAAGACAGAAACACUCAUCACCAAGUGCCUCGACUUUGCCACCAGUGAUAAGGUACGCCCCCAGGACCUCCCUGCAGUCCUCAUGUCCCUCACCCGCUCGUGUCCAGACUCUAGAGAGAGGGUCUGGAAGUUUGUACAGGAGAACUGGACCAUGCUCAAGGACCGCUACAACGGCCAGUUCCUGCUGGCUAGGAUGAUCGAUGUGUCCACUGCUGGCUUUGUGAGUGAGGAGAGAGCUGGUGAAAUAGAGAAGUUCUUCUCAGAGAACCCAUGGCCAGUGGCUGCGAGAAUCGUCAAGCAAAACUGUGAGGCCAUUCGACUCAACGCCAAAUGGUUACAGAGGGACCGAGACAUCGUCAAGGAGUGGCUAGCCAGUCAGUGAUCGAGAGAUUGCAUGUUUGGAACUGCUGAAACAGUGACAGUGCUUACAACUGUAUUAGUGACCUUAUUGAAUUGCUUGUAUUAAUUAAUAUCAGUGUGCGCAUGCACACAUUAGUAACAUGAAUAAAAUUUGGAAUUAUCUCGAAAUUUAA